AUGAAUACUGUCGAACACGGAGCAGCCUCUAUCGACGCGGACCCAGAAUCCAAUGCGGUUGUUCAUCAACAAUUGGACAACUGGCUGUUGAUGAUCCGAUUCGAGAGAAUGAACAUGAUGAAAGGACCAAAGAUCUCAAUUUCCAUUGGAGACGUGUUAAUUCGAGGCAUCUACAAGCGGGCUGCAAUGGCCGUGUCCAGAACCCUCAAUGAACACUUCACCAUGGCUCCGCACAGUACACAUUUCCACUUCGAGGCCGGAUCAUUGGAAAUCAAAGCCGUUUGCACCUUGUUAAUUAGCUGGCUCCGGGAGACAAGUAAGAUCUUUGAAGCUCACGAAGUGCGCUUUCGCAAGCGAUUCCACACCAACAUUGCCAUUCUCCGGGCUGCGCGCCUCCUCGGGAUGGAGCGCUAUACGAACAUCAUCAUGCAAUCUUACAUCAACUAUGUGCAAACGGAAGUGCCUUAUUACCACGAGAUCGCCUGCGUCGAGGCAAUGCGCACAUCGCAUAAAGAUCCAGUUUGGACAGCGAUGGUCAACCACCUCAGUCACCUUCGAUAUACAGGCCAGAUUCCCGAUCCAAAGACGUUCUCCAAAUUCCAUCGAAAGCAUCCCGAACUUGCCGGUGCUAUGUACUAUACCGACCAGUUCUUCAAGGCCAAGGCUGCGGAGGAUCGCCGCGGCUACCCUUUGAUCAAACACCUGAUCUGCGAUUACGAGACAGGGCAGAAGGUGAUGGUAACGGGAAAGGAAGCUGCGAUGUGGUGGGCUUCGCAGUUGUAG